GAAGAGGAAAGCUGUGAGAAGGAGGUGUUUCCCCUGGCGAUGAGCUACCUUGACCGGUUCUUAUCGGUGGUGCCGCUGGAGAAGUCCAGGCUGCAGUUGCUCGGCUCAGCUUGCCUGCUCCUGGCCUCGAAGCUCAGGGAAUCCCGGCCGCUCUCUGUGAACAGCGUGUGCGCCUACACUGCCCACUCGUCCAGGCCGGAAGAGCUGCGGACAAUGGAGCUGCUGCUUUUGAAUAAACUGCGAUGGGAUAUUGCAGCCCCGACCGCCCUGGAGUUUGUGGAACAUUUAAUACGAGCCACAAGCCUGGCAAGGGUCAAAGAACAAGUUGUCCGAAAGCACACAGAUACUUUCAUCGCGCUCUGCGCAAUAGAUGGUGAGUUUACCUCAUACCCACCGUCCAUGAUUGGUGCAGCUAGCCUCUCUGCCGCGGUAACAGGCCUCCAUGCUGGGCAGCAUGGACAUUGCCUCCUGCAUCGGGAACUGACUGACCACCUUGCACACUCUAUCCGCUGCGAUCCA